AUGGUUGCUGCAGCUGGAAUAAACCCUCAAAGAGUGCUUCCUAUUAUGAUUGAUAUUGGAACCAACAAUGAGGCCCUUCUUAAAGACCUUUUGUAUUUACGAUUGCAACAUCGUCUUGAUGGUGAAGAGUACAUUGCUGGUAUUGAUGAAUUUAUGGAGGCUGUGUUCACACGUUGGCCCCACGUGAUAGUGCAUGUAAUCUUUUCCAUCAGGAAAGUGUUUUAAAUUGUUUUUCAAAUAGGGAAGUGAUAUUGCCACAGAAACUUUUUAUACUUCCACUGGAAAAUAAUACUGAUUGACAAUUUUGCCCUUCUUACUUUAGAGAGAAAUACCAAUGUUCUCUAAAAAAACACAAGAUCUUCAAGCUGAUAUCAGAAUUGGGAUUUGACCUACGAAAUUCUCACCUUAAAACAAAAAACGAGUAUUUUACAUAACAGAGCUAACAUCACUCAGACGUCAAUUCUCGCCGAGGCGUUGAGGUCCAACUGGACGUCGCCGGAGUACAAACAUAUCCCGGAAACGGACUUGCACUCGAAUGGGUAACUCACUAAGUAGGUUGCCGUCUUCGUCAUAAUAGAUUACACACCGGAAAUACAGGGGCUGAUAUUUAUCCCCUAUCAGUACUCUCUUCCGUCAGCCCGUCGCCUCCGUGCUCACCUCCUUCUUCUCAUGUUCUCUUCAUCCGAUGGCGCAACUUGAUCGCUUUGUUGCUUAUGGAGGAAAUUAGUUUCUUCGGCAUCCCCAAAUAGAUCUUUGUAUUGUUGUUCAACUUUUUCGAAGCUAUAAUCGUUUGCUUAGCAUAGAGAAGCAGCAUAGAUGUUAUCGAUUGCAAAACGCCGGUGAACAUAUGCUUAGCCUUGACAUCGCUGGAGCUUGCGUCGUCGUUACCGGGUUUGCUCGCCAUGUCGGAGGAAGGGCUGUGAUUUGAUUCCAAUACGAGGGAGGAUGAGGGAAUACAUAUAGGGAGGUGAUAUUGCCAUUGCAACAAACGAAUAAAGAAGGCUACAUGGUGGUAAAGUUUGAACCUUAAUAUGGGAAAUACAAAAUCAAUCAAAUCCAAUCCUUUUGUCGCCAUGGCUGUGACGAAAGGUAGUUUAUUGAUGUAUAUUUAUGACGAGGUCUCCUUUGCUUUGAGUGAUAUAAAGUGGUCUUCCAGAUAUGGGAUGCUUAUUUGAAAACAGAAGCUACUAAGGUUCAUUUGUUUUCAAUUCUUAAUUUGUAUGAUCACGCUCUGAAACUCCAAACGAUUCCUCCAUGGGAUGUGAGAUUAUGGUGGAAUACAAAGAUGUUUUGAAAAUAUAAUUUUCUUUCAAUAAAAAAAUACUAUUUUAUAGGAGUAGUUAUUAUCCUGGAUUUAUGGUGUGCGUUUUGAAAAACUAAAACAGGUUGCUUUCUUUUAAGUAAAUAGGGGCAAAACUGUCAAUUCAUAUUUUUUCAGUGGAACUAUCAAAAAUUGCCGUGGCAAUAUCACCACCCUUUUCAAUAAUGUUAAUAAAAAUGGAUUCUUGUGGGACAAUGAACAAUAAGUAAUUUUAAAAUCUUGUAAUCACC